AUGUCUGCUUCGUCAGUGGUGAGAAGCCGUGCCAGGCUAUUCCGGCCUGCUUCAUGCAUUUCUCGCACAGCUCACUUCUUCUCUACCAGCCGCCAGCUUCGUGAAUCAAAAUCAACCCCUACCGCAGACCGCUCCACUCACUUUGGAUAUGAGACGGUUACCGAGUCUGUGAAGCAGGAGCGAGUUGCCGAAGUCUUCACCAGCGUGGCAGAAUCAUACGAUAAGAUGAACGACUUGAUGUCGAUGGGUGUUCACCGUCUGUGGAAAGAUCAUUUCGUUUCCUCGCUGAACCCAGGGGCCACAAACCCUACAGGCAUGCCACAGCGCAUCCUUGAUGUCGCCGGAGGAACUGGCGAUAUCGCCUUUCGCAUGCUGCAGCACGCCCAUGCCAACAACGGCAACCCAAAUGUGCACGUUACGAUAUCAGACAUCAACCCAGCAAUGCUCAGCGUUGGCAAACAGCGCUCCCUAUCUCUUCCAGCCUCUCACCAGUCUUCCCUUUCCUUCUUAGAGGCAAACGCUGAAGUUCUGCCAUCAUCACUCAAGGACAAUUCUCUUGACCUAUACACAGUUGCCUUUGGCAUACGCAACUUCUCUAAUAUGCCCGCAGCCCUGAGAGAGGCAUAUCGAGUCCUCAAACCUGGCGGCAUCUUUGCUUGUAUGGAGUUUUCCAAAGUGGACAAGUAUCCCAUCUUCAACGCAAUUUACAAGCAGUGGUCCUUCAGCGCGAUCCCAUUGAUUGGCCAGCUGGUUGCAGGAGACCGUGACAGCUAUCAAUAUCUCGUUGAGAGCAUUGAACGGUUCCCAUCCCAAGAGGAAUUCCGAGACAUGAUUGCUGGCGCAGGGUUUGCCAUUGUGGGAAAAGGCUAUGAGGAUCUGACUGGUGGCGUCGCGGCUAUCCAUAAAGGCAUCAAACCCCUGUGA